AUGACUUUCGUGCCAGUAAUACCAGAGUCCUACAGCCAUGUUCUUGCAGAAUUUGAGUCUCUGGAUCCAUUACUUUCAGCCCUGAGGCUGGACUCCACUCGUCUGAAGUGCACAAGCAUAGCUGUGUCUCGAAAAUGGUUGGCUUUGGGCAGCUCAGGUGGAGGACUCAACCUCAUUCAGAAAGAAGGCUGGAAGCACAGGCUUUUUCUUUCUCACAGGGAAGGUGCAAUUUCUCAGAUCGCCUGCUGUUUACAUGAUGAUGAUUAUGUUGCUGUGGCGACCAGUCAAGGUCUUGUAGUUGUUUGGGAAUUAAAUCAAGAGCGUCGUGGGAAACCAGAACGAAUUUAUGUGUCUUCAGAACACAAAGGCCGGAAAGUUACAGCUCUCUGUUGGGAUACAGCUAUUCUUAGAGUAUUUGUAGGUGAUCAUUUGGGGAAAGUUUCUGCCAUCAAACUCAACACUUCUAAGCAAACAAAGGCAGCUGCUGCCUUUGUGAUGUUCCCUGUUCAGACAAUAACGACAGUUGAUUCCUGUGUUGUCCAGUUAGAUUACUUGGAUGGAAGACUACUUGUAUCUUCGCUUACUCGAUCCUUCUUGUGUGACACUGAGAGAGAAAAAUUUUGGAAAAUUGGAAACAAGGAAAGAGAUGGAGAAUAUGGAGCGUGUUUCUUCCCGGGAAGGUGCUCUCCAGGCCAGCAGCCCCUAAUAUACUGUGCUCGCCCUGGCUCCAGGAUGUGGGAGGCGAACUUUGAUGGAGAAGUUUUAAGCACACAUCAGUUUAAGAAACUCCUCUCCUCACCACCUCUUCCUGUGAUUAAUCCAAGAUCAGAACCUCAGUAUGAUCAUACAAUUGGAUCUUCCCAGUCUUUGUCUUUCCCCAAACUCUUACAUCUUAGUGAGCAUUGUGUGUUGACUUGGACAGAAAGAGGAAUUUAUAUUUUCAUUCCUCAGAAUGUUCAAGUUCUUCUUUGGAGUGAAGUCAAAGAUAUUCAGGAUGUGGCUGUUUGCAAGAAUGAGCUAUUCUGUCUGCACCUGAAUGGGAAGGUCUCGCAUCUCUCCCUGUUGUCUGUGGAGCGCUGUGUGGAACGUCUGAUAAGGAGAGGCCUGUGGAACCUGGCUGCUCGAACUUGCUGUCUUUUCCAGAAUUCUGUCAUUGCCAGCAGAGGAAGAAAAACUUUAACUGUAGAUAAAUUGGAACACUUGAAAUCUCAGCUGGACUUAACAACCUAUGGUGAUCUAAUUUCCCAACUGGAAGAGUUGAUUUUAAAAUUGGAACCUUUGGAUUCAGCGUGUAGCAGUAGAAGAAGCUCCAUUUCAUCACAUGAAAGUUUCAGCAUCUUGGACUCUGGUAUUUAUCGUAUCAUUAAUAGUAGAAAAGGCAGUCAGUCAGAUGAGGACUCUUGUUCCCUUCACAGCCAAACGCUCUCAGAAGAUGAGAGACUUAAAGAGUUCGCCUCACAUCAAGAAGAGGACCAACCAGAUCAUUGCUGUGGCUCCCAGGGAAGUGAAGACAAUGUUUCUCACGCAUCAGUGACGUUUGAGACGGAUAAAAGUGAAACUUUUCUCCCCUUCGGCAUUCCGUUAUCAUUUCGUUCUCCAUCUCCUCUUGUGUCUCUUCAGGCUGUCAGGGAAAGUGUCUCCAGCUUUGUGCGGAAGACUACUGAGAAGAUUGGCACCCUUCACACAAGCCCUGAUCUGAAAGUGAGACAAGAACCUCGGGGUGAUGAGACGUCCUGUGACAAGGAUAUGAGUACAGUCACUUGCCCAAAGGAGGAAGACACUGAAGGAAAAGAAGAAAUAACUAGUCAUUCUCCAGAAGAGGACAAGUUCCAAGAGCUCAAAAUGGCAACAGCAGAAGCAAUGACCAAGCUACAGGACCCACUGGUUUUGUUUGAACCGAAGUCCCUGAGAAUGGUUUUACGGGAGUGGCUUUCACAGUUAGAAAAGACAUUUGCCAUGAAGGACUUUUCAGGCAUUUCAGAUACGGGCAGCUCAUCCGUGGAAUCAAACCAGGAUAUGCUAUUGCUUGAUGAGUCAAAAAAGGGAAUGUUAGAUGAAGAAUAUGAAAAAGAAGAAAGGGACUCUUUAGGCAAUGAAGAAACUAUUGAUCAAACAGCAUGUGAAUCUGUAAAUAGUCUGAGGGAGCCCUUGGAUGGUGACCUUUUUCAAGUAUGUUCUCCUUGGAGUAUAGCAGACAGUCUUCAGAAGGAUCUGGCUGAAUUGACAACAUUGUGUUUGGAACUGAGUGUAUUGCAUUCUGAGGUGAAAAGUGCGAGUGGACAUGGUGACCACACUUUGCAACAGUGCUCUCUUGAAAUGCUGACUUGUCAGUUCCUAAAGAAGUACUUUUUUCUGCUGGACUUGAAAAGAGCAAAGGAGAGCAUCAAGCUGAGUUACCCUGAAAGUCCUCGUGUUUGGGAUACUUUUAUUGAAGGAUUGAAAGAAAUGGUGAGUUCCAGUCCUACACAUAUAAAGAUGGAAGAAGGAGACCUUCCAACAAGAUUAAAGUUAUUGGAGGACUUGGUUCCUUUUGACAGUCCUUUGUUGAUUGCAUAUGCUACCCGAUUGUAUGAGAAAUUUGGAGAAUCAGCCCUUCGAUCCUUAAUCAGGUUUUACCCAUCCAUUUUGCCUUCAGAUGUCAUGCAACUUUGUCAUCAUAAUCCUGUUCAGUUUUUGGCCUAUUUAGACAGUCUGGUGAAAUCAAGGCCCGAAGAUCAACGGCCAUCCUUCCUUGAGUCCCUUCUACAGCCAGAGUCUUUAAGGUUGGAUUGGCUGCUGUUGGCUGUGUCCCAUGAUGCUCCCCCAAGCACCAGCACUAUGGAUAAUGAAGGAAACCCCAGGCCUCAUUCCCACUUGUUUUCCUGGGGUUACAGUCAGCUCAUCCUUCAUCUGAUUAAACUUCCUGCAGAUUUUACAACAAAAGAGAAAAUGACUGACAUCUGUAGGUCUCAUGGUUUCUGGCCUGGAUAUCUUAUUCUCUGUUUGGAGCUGGAGAGAAGAAGAGAGGCCUUCACCAACAUUGUGUAUCUGAAUGAUAUGAGCCUGAUGGAAGGGGACAAUGGUUGGAUCCCAGAAACUGUGGAAGAAUGGAAGCUUCUCCUACAUCUGGUGCAGAACACAAGCACCAAGCCAGCCCCACAGCAGUCACCAGAUGGAAACUUCAGCGACGGGCCUUCCCCUAUCACUGUGGAGACUGUGGCCCUCCUGUUAGCUAAGGCCGUGGGCCCAGACCGGGCCUGGUCACUGCUCCAGGAAUGUGGUUUGACCCUGGAGCUGUCAGAGAGGUUUACCAGAACCUGCGAUAUCCUGAGAAUUGCCGAGAAAAGGCAGAGAGCCUUGAUACAAAGCAUGCUCGAAAAAUGUGAUCGGUUUCUCUGGUCUCAGCAGGCCUAG